AUGAAGUGUCGUAAUAAUGACAACAUCUGGUAAAAAACUGCAUUGCUAAUUACUGACCGUUUAAAGUCGAAUACGUCUUUUUAGAAUACGGGAGUGUUUGAAAAAAAGUGGAUUUGACAGCCUCCUAGUUAUCUUAGGCAUCGAUAGUCGCUUUAAUGCCGGAUGUUACGAUGCCGUAAAAUAUCUUCUUUGUCCCUCCGAAGUUGACAGUGUUUGGUCGCCCACACUGGAGUACACCGAUGGUAAACCUGCACAUGAUUUCCAUUAUAUCACAGAGUUUGUUAUGUUGAUCAAAAUGGAAACGAUCUACUGUUUCUGCACUAAUGAAAACGUACGGCAAUACUUAAGGAAUCUCUUCUUCCUUUCGGAUGUCGUAGUUUUUCGGUGUGAUUCGGACGUAAGCCUUUGUUGAUUGCUCGUUAACCCUUAAUUCUAGGAUCCAGACAAGUGUGAGGACAUGAAGGUACGAGCUUUCAAAGCAAUGGUUAAUAACUGCCAAAGAAUAGCAGUUCCCUAUCAUACAGGUAGGACCACUCUUAUCAUUGCGGCAAAUUUUCUCAGGCAUUAGUGGUGACGAUUUUGAAAAGUCGAAACUGGAAGGCUGGCCUCUUAUCCAAAGCUUCGCAUGCAACGUAAAUGAUACGUAUGUUCUCAAUCGCAUUCCAAGAGUUUUGUCGUAACAGCGAAUGCAGACUUUGAAGGCUUUCAAAUGCCACAAACAAAUGCUUAGUUUCAGCAUUUGAAAGGCUUUAAACUUGAAGAGCAAAAUAAUUGCAUUGGCAAGCAACACGCGCGUUACUUUUGUUUCCUUAAUUUUGGAUAUUAUUAGAACUUUUUAAUUAGUUAGUGUCAGCAUUCUUAAACAAUCUUGUUAUACAAAACGUAUUCCAUUAUGGAACUUAUUUCAUCCCUUUUCUUAGAGAAAACAGUUCCUUCUUCACACUGACAUUUGAGGUAAGCUACUGACCGCUUUAUUCUGAUCGAAGAAGGUUGGGGAUUUUUCUGCGUAUUUGAAUAAGUUGAAGAAACUGCCGGACCCCCUAAACUUUGAAGAUUUGUUGCUGCAUGUAGGUCCAUAGUCAUUCGUUUAAUUUUCCCAGAACAUAUUUUCCCUCUGUUGGUCAUUUGAGGCGUGCCUGCAAAGAUUGGACGAUUGCGCAAAAAACAGGACUGAGGGAACAAACAUUUUAGAGGUAGCAACUAGAUUUUCUCUACGCAUACAUGCUUAGCCUCUGCUGACCUACUUCAAGCACACAAAACUGCGAGGAAGUGCGUCAUUUGCGUAA